AUGGAGGAGUCGCAGGUGGUCGUGGGUCGGAUCGCGGAGGGGUUCCAGGGGGUUUCCGUGGGCGGCAAGCAGGGCACCUUCUUCUUGACGUCGCGGGCACUCGCGUUUGUCGCGCAGUCGCAGAACGACGGUCACGCGGGCGAGGAAGCCGGGCAAGUCGCUCAGCAGCAUGACGCAGUCUUCGAGCUUCAUCUCUUCGUCUGGUUCCAGCAGUGGACUUCGACGGAGAGAUCCAAAAAAAGCGCAAAAGCGCGCCUCACCUUCUCGAACGCGUCGGCGCUGCCCUCAUCGGCCGUCGGUCUGCCGGUGGCGAGCACAGCAGUUCUCGACUUUGGCGCAGACCGCGGAAAAAUGGACGCCGCAUGCAAUCUGCUGCAGCAGCUUCACGCAGCCGAGCGCCAGCGACACCCCCGGCAGCUGCCGCUCCAGCUGGUCGCCUUCCCCGCCCGGGAGGCUUUUCUAGACGAGUUGAAGUUGGCGCUGGAGCUGCCCACUGCCUCGUCGUUGCGUCUCACGCCUUCGCUGUCCUACCUGCUCCUUCCGCCGUCUUCAGUUUCUGCCGGGGAGUGGGAACCUCUGUCCCCGCUCCUGGCCGCCCCGGCUUGCCAAGAAAGUGAGCGCGCGCCGGCGCCGCCGACCGGUGGCGCGCCUGCAAGCACUCCGGGGAGUGUACGUACACCGGCCGCGCUGCCCCCGGGGGCAGAUGUACGUACACCCGGCGGAGAGGGCGCGAGUCAGCUCCAGGGCUCCGCUCACGCGGCGAAGAGGCCGCUUCCUUCGGCUGGGCGCGCGGUGGACGAGGAAGGCACUACGGGAUCGGAGGCGAAGCGCGUUAGAGUCACUCCUUCCGGAGCUGCGCCCGAUCUGCCCAAGACGACCCGGCCCCGCGAACCGCCUGCUGCGGCUUCGGCGCCGGUGUCCGCGGCUCCCUCUGCGCCUCGAGGCCGCUCUGCUUCUUCGCCGGCCGCCGAGGCGCCGGGGCCUUCUCGACGUCUGAACCUGCAGGCCCUGGAGCGGCUGGAGAGUCUGCGGGAGGCGCGCGAGCGGCGGGCGGCUCAGCGCAGUUUGCUGGCGAAGAACGCCGUCCUGCGCAGUCUGUACCUUUUCCUCGUCGGAGACCCCGAAGAAGACGAACAACCUGACCUCACCGGCGGCGACUCGGGGUCGCUCGAGAGCAAGGGCGACGAUGACGCGACCGCGAGAGAAGGCCGCCGAGCCGACGCUGCACAGAGGAGCGGGGCGGGUGGCGCGGGCAAGCACGGACGAACGGCUCGCGCGCCAGGGAAAGUCCUGAGCCCCGAGGAAUUCUGGAAGCUCCACGAAACCGACCUCGUCGCGCACCGCAUGCAGCUCGCGCCGGACCCCCCGGCGUCGGCGUUCCUCAUCCGCCCGCCGCAGUUCGAAUACGUGGGAAGCAGCGGCACAGAAAAGCCUGCGUCGCUCGUCGACUGCACUGAGCAGAUGCUGGAUGCGAUUCUCAAGGAAGACCCGCGCAUCAGCGAGGUGUACAGACAGCUUGUGGCCGCCGGCAGGAUGACAAGGGAGAAGUUCUUCGAGCGGCUGUUUCAGUCGAAGUACUUUCAGGAGUUCCUCGGCUUGCCUGCGCGCCAAGGCGCAGCGAGUUCAGCGGCCUUCGAGAGCCUCUCUGGAGAUGACUCGGGCGCGCUCAUCAACCUCUCCAAUGCAGCGCCUCCUUUGCUUGCGCCCUCGCCGCAAGACGUCCUCGACCUGGUGACGCCGUCGGAAGACUUGAUUAGCACCGAGGCCUUUCGCCUGCGCGGCUUCGGCAUCGCCGACGGCCUCAACUCGUUCAGCGGAGACCUGGUCGAUUCUCUUGACGCCAAAAUGAGCGCGUCGUCUCCGUCUUCGGCAGAGAUUCAGACAGACGCCGCCGCAGCGGGUCUCCCGGGCUUGCCGAGCGUGCGCCGCCCGCUUCGAAGUCGUCUUUUGGAGCGCUUCAACCGCCAGUCCCAUCGCCUCCUUCUCCAGCAGAUGCUGCCUCCAACCGCGGUCGCGGCGGCAUCCCAGGUACCGCCGGGGCCUGGAGCCGUGGGCGCGAGCGCGACGGCCGGCGAGAUCGAGAAGCUCCACGAGCAGCUGCAGCUGCUGGCUGAACAGGAGAAGCAGCUCGUCUCAGCCGAGCAGCAGACGAAGAAAGGCCAGCGGGGGCACGCAGAGGGCGCCGCAGUCUCGGGUCGUCAGCGGCUCGCAAGCGGCUCCGCUUCGGAGAAGGCGUAUCGGCUACUUGAAGAUCUGCAGCUGAGCGACCUGGAGGCGCCGCAGCCUGUGCAGCACCAGCGCCUUGAAGUCAGCAGAAGACAUCUCUACGCGGCUGGCAGUCGCGCGCCCUCCGCGGCGGCCGAAAAGGGCUCUGCACCCGCGGCGGCGGCGAGCGGAGGCGCCAAAAAGCCUGAAGCAGCGCCCGACGGGGGGACUGGCGGCGAAGACGGGCAGGUGCCGGUCAAGGCGAAGAAGGAGACUGAGGGGAGAGGGCAGAGACACGACGACGAAGAGAACCGGCGCCUCGCGCAAGCCUGGAUCGCGAACGACGCGCCGAAAACUGAGGGCAGAACGAUCACUCCUGACGCCGCGCUGUACGAGAACGGGCGAUACAUGUUCGUCUUCAACACCAAGUUGUGUCAAAGCGAGAAGAUGGCUCACGUCGCGACGCUGGACUACGAACCCGUCACAGUGAACGCCGUGCGGGCUCACCAGGCGCGGGUGACCGAACUGCUGCAGCACUUUUACGCCUCUGCGGUCCCUGACGAAGAAAAACGCGCUCGGAUCAUUCAGGCUCUUGACGCGACGAAGAACGAACUUGAGAGGACGCAAGAAAGCACGUUUGGGCCGUACACGGGCGCCGCGACAAAGGCCCUGUGCAUGCCCCUUUUUGACCAGAUAAAUGCGGCGAAGCUGCAUCACAGCAAACUCAAAAAGAUGCUUUCUGACCUGCGGGCACAGAGAAAAGCGCACCACAUGCGUCACGCAGCAGCCACGCAUGCACAGUCCGCCUCUGCUCAGCCGAAUGCUGCCCGGCCUGCCCUAACAGCCACGAAUUAG